CUAGCACAUGUCGGCACAUGUCGAUAUGUUAUUCGUGACCCUGCUAGUGGGGGAGGUUAUAAACACUAGCACCUGUCGACAUGUUAUUGAUAGAACUGGUUCGUCAGUGACCUUGCUUGUGGGGGUUAUACACCAGCAAACAGUGACCCUGCUUGUGGGGAUUAUACACCAGCAAACAGUGACCCUGCUUGUGGGGAUUAUACACCAGCAAACAGUGACCCUGCUUGUGGGGGUUAUACACCAGCAAACAGUGACCCUGCUUGCGGGGAUUAUACACCAGCAAAUAGUGACCCUGCUUGUGGGGAUUAUACACCAGCAAACAGUGCGCCUGUCAGUGGGUGUUAGAUGCUGGCCAUGACCUAUAGAGGAGACGUCUAUUUCGUUCCCGUACUGUAUCCGUUUUGCGUGAUUGCACAUGUUGGCAUGCUAUAAUUUUAAUAAUGGGCACUCCAUAUUUUACUUACUAAGUUUAUCUCAUAGUUUUUCCUUGUCCACCAUUUCAAGAAGUGAAUCCGAGGACGGGGAAACCACGGGAAGUGACGAGUUAGAAGGCUAGCCAUAUUGUAAUUGAACAUAGAUUUUAUAAUUUGAUCUUCAGAUUUUGAUGUGAUAAAUCUGGAAUUUGUGUUUGGAGUUGUUGAUGAUUUCAGUGUGUGUGAAUCUGCUUGUAAGCUCCAGUUCCAGACUUAAAAUGAGUUAUUUUGCAUUCGUAACGGUAAUUAAUUUGGUUCGUUUCUCUUGUUUCAAUCUUAUGAUUUUGGUUCAAUAUAUCUGUUUGAUAUUUGAUGAUUUUUGAGUGGAUAACUUGGUUUGCCCGUGUAAUGAACUUAGAUGUGAAGCGACAAUGAUCAAUCAAGAAUUUUCAUGUUU